GAAAAAUUAGAACAGCUAACUUCAGGCACAAGGAUGCCGCAUUGAAUUGAAAAAUCCUUCUGUUGACUUAUGAAGCACUAAAUGAAAGCUUGCCUAUCCAUCCACGAGUCACACUAAACGAGCGCUUGGCUCCCCAAACACAAAUUCACGUGUGGUCGCCAGUUCGACCCGAGUGCCCUAAAACAAACAGGUUCCGCAUGCUCGCCUCUGGAACUCUUCAUCGUCCUCUUCAAAAGUCCUCAUCCAAUCUCAAGUUGGUCCUCCGAACCUCUUGUCCAAUGGUGAGACGUCACGCGGCCCGAGCGGCGACUCUCGGUGCCGCCGGGACAGACGUACAAGGACGCUGACUCAGCACUCCCGACGCCUUAAAAGUAGCGGCCGGGGCCGUCGUUGCCGUCACUGGCGGAGAGACGACCGCGAUGGGGAGAUUGCUGACCGUCGUCUUGGCGCUGCUCGUAUGCCAAUCGCCGGCACUCUGCGCCGGGCCUUCGGAGUAUCAGCUGGACUCGACGGUGACGCCAUGCGAGGCCGCAAGGGCCGCAGCUCGCCAACCCGGCCCCAGGCCCCAAUGCACUCAAAACGGACGCUUCAGGCCCGUGCAGUGCAGUGGGCGGGGCCAAGAGUGUUGGUGCGUUGACGCUGAAGGACAACAAGUGCCCGGGACCCGAACCAACGGAUCCAUUCCACAGUGUGCGUCUUCGUGCCAUCUUCAGUCGUCCUUGCGAUGCUCGCCCUCGGGUCACUUCCUUCCGCUGCAGUGUGACUCCAGCAGGGGGCAGUGUUGGUGUGUGGACCAGGACGGCAUGGAGCUAUACGGGACCAGACAGACAGGGACACCGCAAAACUGCCCCGGCAGCUGCUCGGCGCUCUCUCGUCGUCGCCUCCACAGUGCCGUCUCGUCGUCAUCGUCUUGGUCUUCGCCGCCGCAGUGCUCCAAGGACGGCGAUUUCCUUCCCGUUCAGUGUCAACUCGUCAACAUGACUGACAGGCGAGAGAUGGACCUGCUGCACGCCUUUAGCAUAUUCCCAGAAGCCUUUUCCACAUUCAAAUCUUUCCGGGAGGCCUUCCCGCUGGUUUCUGCCUACUGCUUCUGCUCCGACAGCAGGGGCCGUGAGAUAUCCGACACAGGCGUGGAGCUCCUGUUGUCCGACGUGUACGACUCCGCCUUCUCUGGCAUCGGUGUCGCUCGUUCGUUCGCCGAGUCGACCGUUUUCAAGGUUCUUCACAGAAGGAUGCUGGGUCUUCGUCUUGCUGUCAGCGGACAAUUCCGAUGUCCUUCGGCGUGCGAGGAGGAACGGAGGUCGGCUACGGCGACAUCCGAUGUUUUUGUGCCGUCCUGCCAGGAAAACGGGGCUUUCGCUUCCAAGCAGUGCCAGCAGGGGGGGCAGUGUUGGUGCGUGGACCCCACGGGGGCGGAACUUCCUGGGACUCUUCAGCAGGGAGACUUCCUGGUUUGUGGAGAUGCCGCGUCUGAGGACUGCGUCUCGCUUCGUCGCACGUCACUGUCUCGCCUGUUCUCGGGUCCUCUCAAAGCUCAUCUUCCCGCCACCUCCUCAGCGGGACACUCGGCUUCCUGUCAAGCCCUCUUACGACCUUUAGAGGCUCUCCUUCCAGUGGAGGCGGAUCCUCUGUCCUUCCUGUCAGUCAUGGUGGACGUCAUGCACGGGCUCUUCCCCUCAGUGGGCGGGGCUUUGGAGGCUCUGGCCGGCUCCUCUCCUCGUCAUCUGCAGGAGUUCCUGUUUGGUGGAAAGUUCCUGAAGAACGCAGCCAGCUUCAACCUCAGUGGCGCGGUGGGAACGCGAGGCGGUCUGAAUGCUGACGCGCUCCAACAGCGACAUCAGAAGCUGGUCCUUGCCGUCAGCCGCGCCCUGGAGGACCAAGACUUCUUGGCUGGUGUCCGACUCACCUUAUUGAGCGUGUCGGAAUCCGCCUCCUUGCGUCAGGUGCUGACGCCCGUCCUCCAUUCCUGCGCCGCCACCGAGAACCGAAACGACGAGGGGUCCGUCUUCGUUCCAAGCUGCAUGUCAGACGGGUCCUUCCGAGAGGUUCAGUGUCAGGGAGGAGAGUGCUGGUGCGUGAACCCGCGAGGCCAAGAGGUCGCCGGGACGCGGGUGCGUGGUGUCCGGCCUCGAUGUCUGUCUCGCUGCGAGAUCGAGAGAGCGGCGGCUCUGCGUGUGAGGGACAAGAUGGCAGCAGGGGCCAACGUCCACAUUCCGGCGUGUUUGCGGGACGGAAGCUUCGCGUCUCUGCAGUGCGGGCCCUCCGGGUGCUUCUGUGUGGACCAACUGGGGACACCGACGACUGCACCCUCAUUGGACAGCCACUUGGCCUGUGCAGACAUGAGCCCUCAGAAUUCUCGCCCCUCUUCUGGCGAGUGCGCGCGAGCAUUACAGGAAGUGGCGACCUUCAGACAGGAAGUGAGCAAAGCGGUGCUUCUCUCCAACUCCUCCCAAAUCCCCGCCGGAUACGCAUUCCAAGUGGCACAGAGUCUGGGUUUUAUCCCGGAAGAGCUGCAGGUGACCCAAUCGCAGGAGGCGCUGCAGGUGUCCGAUUGGCUUCUGAGUCGCUCCAAAGCUGCGUUGCGAUUGGCCGCCUCCUCCACCGUGCAGACGUUGCAGCCUGCAGGACCUCUUGCCUAUCAGCCGUUCAGUCCGCAGUGUGACAACGAUUGGGAAUGGCGGCCCAUGCAGUGUUACCAUAGCACAGGUCAGUGUUGGUGUGUUGAUGAAGAUGGCGAGUAUGUUCCGGAUUCUUUGAGCGAUCGAUCACUCCCUCUGGUCAAAUGUCUCACACGGUGUCAGAGAGCUCAGAGUCACACGCUGCUCUCUGGUUGGACGAAAGCCUCUGACGUCACGGCUAAUGACUCGGGGUACAGCCCCCAGUGUGAAAAGGAUGGUCGCUUCUCCGUGCUCCAGACAGAGGGCGCCGCAGGCUGGUGUGUCCACCCUGUGAGCGGGGAGAGGCUGCAGGAUGCUUCCACGGGCCCUGAUGGCCAGCUCACGUGUCCCAGCUGGUGUGAGCUUCAGGGUCUCCAAUGUCAUCCCGACGGCUCCUUUAUCCCUCUUCAGUGCGAUGUCACUUCCUGUUGGUGUGUAUCUGAGGAUGGACAGGAAGUGGUGGAAACCCGGGAACUCAGAGUGACGGGACGCAUGCCGUCUUGUGACCGUCCUGACGCUUGCCCCGCAGCCGCCGUCGCCCACGGCGCCCUCGUGUGCCGCCCUGCACAAGAUGGCCGCCAAAGCUGCGAUCUGGUGUGUCACCGCGGUUACCACAACUCGCUUCCCGUCCGCAGCUUCACCUGCGACACGAUCGGUCGCCGGUGGGAUGGAGACCUGCGACCCCUGCCUGGAGCCUGCCAGAUGAGUGUACCUCCUCAGCGCGUGUGGACAUCUCAUAUUUGGUCACUUACAGCGCCCUGUCGAAACCCACAAGCGAUGCACUCAGAGCUGUUACGUGACAUGACCAGCAGGGGGCUCUGCUCAGCUCAGCUCCCCAUGUCGGGGCGCAGCGUGUCUCUGUGUGACGCCUCUUCAUUGCGUGUGCGUUGCAAUGGCAACACGUUAUGGAGCGUUACGGUCAGUUGGACCACCGUCAUGUCUGACCUCCCGACCUCUGAACUGCCUGCGCUUCGUGACAUCGCAACGUUCCUGAACGUCUCACGUCUUCUGGAGAGUUUUGAGCGUCUGGUUACUCAGCACAUCAACGUCACCUCACGACCACAGCUGGUUUCCACGACGACGCCACGAGUGGGCUGUGCCCACGGUUACCGACUAAGUGAUGAUGGCGAAGGCUGCAUCAUUUGCCCGGCGGGCAGCUACUCUGUUGAGGGGGCGUGUCUUCUGUGUCCCGAGGGAACCUAUCAAGACACCGAGGGGUCGGAUUUAUGCAACCGGUGUCCGAGAGGCUCCUCCUCAUCUCCUGGAGCCUUCUCAAUCAAUCAAUGCGUGACAGACUGUCAGAGGCGUGGCCUUCGCUGCUCUGAAGGGGGUGACUUCCUGCCGGCUCAGUCUGACUUCCUGUCCGGCAGGUGGAGCUGCUUUAACAGCGAGGGGGCGGAGCUUGACUGGACCAAGAGUAAUUUGCCCCUGACCGAUGACGACUGCUCAGUCCUCAGCAGGUUUCAGGCAGUCCCCAGGUCAGAGGUCAUCUUUGGAGCUAAAGACACAGAAGUUCUUCGGCGCAUGACCUCUGACCUCAGAACAUGUGUUAAAGCGUGUGCAGUGGACACAUCCUGCCACCAUGCGGCGCUGUCCGACGGCCAGUGCGAAGUGUAUAGCACACACACUCUGAACACGCACUGCAACACUUCUGACCAGGUGAAAGGGUUUCUGGGUAACAGUGAGGCCGAGCUCUUUGAUUGGUUGAGGUGCUUCGUGAGGGUUAGGGGCGGGGCCUCUGAUGUGCUGGUCCUCAGGAAGAUUGGGGCGGAGUCUACUUCUGGCUUUGGGAGGUCAUCGAUGUUGAAGGCGGAGUCUGGCGUGUUUCGCACGUCUGUAUUCGCCAACGCCUCGCUGGCCGACGCUCAUCGUUUCUGUGAGCUGAGCUGUCGCCGCGACGACUGUUGCCACGGCUUCAUCCUCAACCGCAACAGCCUAAACGGUGGUUCUCUGCUCUGCGGGUGGAUGAGGGCACCGUCCAUCUUGAUGUGCGACAGGCAGGACUGGGACGUGAUUGGACGAGGCGCCGCCAAUCGCAUUUGUGGGGCGGGGCUCACCUACAACAAGCGGCAGCGCAGCUUCCUGUUUGACUUUGGAGGACAGAAAUUUAUCAUCACUGAGUCAGCACUUCCUGCUUCCAACGCGGGCAAGGAGUACCAGUCAUCCAUCGUAGACUUCCAAGCCAUCUACCUGACGACUGGCCAAUCAGAUGAUGCUUCCUGCGCAGUCAGCGUUGACUUGACUCAGCCUCUUGAUGGGUCGGUGCGGAACAAGUUCACAUCACUGUCCGAAGAGGACGUGCUGGUGGACACUCGGAGGUCCCUUCCUGUGCUGUCCUUCCUGCUCAACAAGAAGACCUUCACUUCCCAGAAUGCUUUGCAACAGUGUCUCACCCGCUGUGAGAGCGAGCCUGGCUGCUCGGUGGCCGAGCUGAACGACGCAGACUCGGCGGAUUUCUUCAGCUGCUUCCUGUUUCCUGACAGUCGCGUGUGCGGUGCCUACGACACGCCACUCAGACGCCCCUGUCGCCCCCUGCUGGACAGGAAGCCAAAAAAUGCCUUUAGCAAGAAGGUGGAUCUGGGGGGUCCGGUGAAGAGCUUCUAUGAGCGAGUUACCUUCAAGAAGAUGGUGACUUACUCAGUGCGCAAUCGAGUUAACGUGAACGCAAACACACCGCUGCCUGAAGGGUUCAUGGAUUGUGAGCGGCGCUGUGAUGAGGAUGCUUGUUGCCGCGGUUUUGGUUUCAUCACAGACUCCAAAGAUGGGACCACGGGUGUCGCGUGCGUGACUUUGAUCAGUCUCGGGAUUCAAACGUGCGGCGAAGACCAUCAGAGCUCUUGGGCCAUUGGAGAUUGUCAAGCAAGUGGAGUCGGCACGUCGCCGCAACCGUUUGGCUGGUACCAAAAACCUGUCAAUCAGUGGACUUUGUCUCCAGCCUUGUGCCCCGCCUUCAGCCUGCCAACUUUGAAAAACAAUGUGUCUAUGGACGAGUGGAGUCUCCUGCCCGACUCCUCGCUUCUGCUGGACGCGUCGUCGCAUUCUUAUGAUGUCAUCCACAUCAGCCGCGACAUCGCCGGCGAUCCGUCCCGGACCAGAGACUGGUGUCUCCAUGCCUGCCAGGAGGCGGAGUCCUGCGCUGCCGUGUCAUUGGCCGAGCAGGAUUCGGCCACACGCUGCGUCCUUUACCCCGACACCGCCGUUUGUGGCCUAAGCUCCGCCUCCACCUCCAAAAGACCCGCUCCCUCCUGCCGGCUGGUGGUCCGAGAGCCCGCCCCCCAAGUGUACCUGAGGAAAGUGUUGCCCUCGUCGCCGGCGACUGUGACAAGCGUCGGCAUCGCCGGUCACGGCACCCUCCGAGGCAUCGUCGUGGAAACGGCGCUGGGUUCAGACAGGAAGCGCGUGCUUCAGUUCCUCGGCGUUCCGUACGCUCGUCCGCCGAUCGGAUCGCUGCGCUAUCGAAGCGCACAGCCGUCCGAUUGGACGGGGACCUGGGACGCCAGCAAAGUGCGGUCCGCCUGCGUCCAACCAGGGCGGGUGGACACCAGUGAGGACUGUCUCUACCUCAACGUCUUCAGGCCCGUCGCCACGAGGGGGCGUGUCCCAGUGCUGGUCUUCUUCAUCAACCCCCCGACCAAUCAAAGCCGAGCCACCCUGGACGGCUCCACCCUCGCCGCGGUCGGAAACCUGCUGGUGGUGACGGCCGGAUACAGGACGGCCGCCCUCGGGUUCCUCAGCACAGGUUCAUCGGUCGCGAGCGGCAACUGGGGUGCGACAGACCAGGAGGCGGUUCUGGCCUGGGUAAACGCCCACAUUUCCGAGCUGGGCGGGGACCAGAGCAAAGUGACGGUGGGGGCAGAGCGUGGCGGCGCUGACAUCAUCAGCCAGCUACUCAUGCGCCCCGCGCCCCUUUUCCACCGCAUGCUGCUUAUGGGCGGCUCGCUGUUCUCUCCGUUGACGUUCCAACCGCCGUCAGCCGCCAGACGUCUGACCUUGCAGUUGGCCGCCGAGUUGGACUGCGCCGUGGACGACGACGAGCGCAUGUUAGAGUGCCUCAGAGCGGCGCCCGUGGAGGCGCUCAAUGCCGCUCAAACCAAGAUGCUGGCCGCCGGAGGGCCGUUCCGCUCAUGGUCGCCCACGCGGCACCGAGACGCCGCCGCCGACGAUGGAGGUGCGCCGGCGUCUUUGCGCAGAGUUGACCUGCUCCUCGGAACAUCCCAGCAUGAUGGAAUCCUAGCCCGGAUGCAAAGUAUCAAGGACUUUGCGGCGGUGCUCCCCGGCGGUGGUGGCGGUAAAACAGCAUUUUACGAAGCGCUGAGCCGCUCACUGGGCGGAGCCUCAGGAAGCUCGCUGCUCAAGGAGGCAGCCACCUGGUUCUAUUCGCUGGAUCAUAGCUCCGCCCCCGCUGGAUACAACCUCUUUUCACGCGCACUUGACAACGCCACAAGAGACCAGUUCAUCAUCUGUCCCACAUUGCGAAUGGCCAACCACUACGCAAAGAACGGCGCCAAGGUCUUCCUGUACCACCAGCCGGCGAGCGCUAGCAGGGCUGACCUUUCGCUCCCACUGGACGUGCAGCUACUGUUCGGAGCUCCUCAUCAGACAAUCGGCUCCUUGCGUUUCACCAAAGCCGAGCGCCGCCUCUCGCUAGCUGUCAUGAGCUACGUGGCAAACUUCGUCAGGAGCGGCGAUCCAAACCCAUCAGCGUCAUGGCCAGCGGCCUCUCUGCCCCACUGGCGACCGGUCUUCUCCUCUGGGGUCCCGCCCACCUUUCUGGUGCUAAGCCCUGCCCUCAGCCAGAAGCAAGGCCUGCGCGAGAGGAGCUGCUCUUUCUGGAACCAUUUGGCGAAAGUGCUCAUGGCCAAUGGCCAACUGGGGUCAGAGCCUACGUUCGACCCUGAACUCCCGCUAGAUGCGCCGCACGACCAAUCGCAGAGUGACAAAGACGCCUACAACUGACCAUGACGUCUACACGACCCCCCGUGAUGUCGUCACGGCCGCGGUGUUAUGUCAUCACUCGCCAUCCAAACACAAUAUGGAAACAACCAUGAUGAUUUUUUUUCUGAUCAAUUCUGUCUUCAAUCACAUUAAAAAAAUCAAAGCGCAA